GGUGGACUCAGCGAGGAGAAGAACAGAGCCAUCAACAAAAGGGGGUGGUUGAUCGCUUUUCGUCCAAUCUUCAUCAUUCCUCAUACUAAAGGAAAUCUCCCAAGCCGACGCGAGCACCCAGCAUGGCGGACCAAGGGCUGCAAGUAAGCUUCGAUAAUUCAGCUUUUGUUCAAGACGACGACGACCCGGUACAGCUGCACACGCAUACCCCGAAGGACCCGGAUGGCAACUCGGCCCCGGAUGGCAACUCGGCCCCGGAUGGCAACUCGAGCCCGGAUGGCAACUCGGUCACGCCGGUCUUUAAGGGGGCCAAGAUUCUCACGCCCGAGGAGAAGAGGGAGAAAAUCGCCAUCUUUAAGAACAUCAUAGUUAUUUCCAUCGCCUUUACGUUUCUCUUCACGAGUUACAAUUCCAUGUCGAAUCUUCAGUCGUCCAUUAACAAGGCAGAUGGAACAGCUGCGCAAACGGCCUUGUACGCCGCCUUCGUGUUCUCGUGCUGCUUCCUUCCCACGUGGAUGAUCAAGCGGCUGCACGAGAAGUACACGAUGGCGGCCUGCAUGCUGUGCUACUCGACCUACAUGGCGGCGCAGUUCUACCCCAGGAUCUACACGCUCGUGCCCACGGCGGUGGUGGUCGGGCUCGGUGCCGCCCCCAUGUGGUCCGCCAAGUGCACCUACCUCACCAAGGUUGGUACCAUUUACGCAGAUCUGGUGGGUGUCAACAGUGACGUCAUCAUCACGAGAUUCUUCGGCAUCUUCUUCCUGUUCUUUCAGUCGACGCAGGUGUGGGGCAACAUCAUCUCCUCCACAGUCCUGUCUAUGGGCGUGGCAGACGAGAACAAAACCGAGGAGGAUCUGCAGCGCUGCGGGUACAACUUCUGCCCCCGGGACGCCUACGGGGACGAGAGCACCAGCAACAGCACGCACGAGAUCCCCCUGUGGCAGAGGUACACCAUGUCUUCCAUUUACCUCGUCUUCGCCCUCCUCUCCUCGCUUAUUGUGAUUCUCUUCGUCGAUCAGUUGAGCACGUUCGAGAGGAAAGCCCCGGGCUCCCCAGGCGACGACGAGCCGACCCUCAAGCUUCUGGCCAAAACGUUCAUCCACAUCCGCCAUCCAUACCAGAUGCUCAUCAUCCCCAUAACCAUUUACUCGGGACUCGAGCAGGCUUUCCUCAGCGCCGACUUCACUGCGGCCUAUGUAUCCUGCGGCCUGGGUGUCCACAUGGUCGGCUUCGUCAUGAUCUGCUACGGGGUUUGUGACGCCGUGUGUUCCUACUCGUUCUCGCCCUUGAUCAAGGCUGUGGGGCGCCUCCCUGUGUUCACCUUCGGGGCCUUCGUCAGCCUCGGGGUCAUCAUCACCCUGAGGUACUGGACACCAACGCCCGACGACCUCCCAGUCUUCUUCGUGCUCGCCGGGCUGUGGGGCGUGGCGGACGCCGUGUGGCAGACGCAGAUCAACGCCCUCUACGGCGUGAUCUUCCCCGGCGAGUCCGAGGCAGCCUUCAGUAACUACCGCCUGUGGGAGUCGACGGGCUUCAUCAUCUCGUACGCCUGCAGCACCCUCAUCUGCAUCGAGCCCAAAGUCAUCAUCCUGCUGGUGUUCCUCCUGCUGGGGAUCCUCGGUUACUACACGGUGGAAUUCCUGGAGAGGCGAGGAGGACUCAGGAGGGAUGGCGAGGGCAAAGUUAUUUAUAUCGACAGGCUUUUGUUUGGGAAGGAAUGAGUGGCGGUCGGGUGAGCUUGCCUGUCUGCCUGUCUGUCUGUUUAUUUGUCUGUCUGUCUGUUUAUCGUGUCUGUCUGUUUAUCUGUUUACCUAUCUGUCCGUUUAUCUGUCUGUUUAUUUGUCUAUCUGUUCGU